AUGGAGAGGAGGAGGAAGGCAAUGUGGCUGUACCCGAAGGUGGUCGGCUUCAACCCUCCCGAGAGAUGGGGGCACUCCGCCUGCUUCUUCGAGGGAGUCAUUUACGUCUUCGGGGGAUGCUGCGGCGGCCUGCAUUUCAGCGACGUGCUCACCCUCAACCUGGACACAAUGGCGUGGAGCUCCCUGGCGACCAAGGGGCAGAGGCCCGGGACACGGGACAGCCACGGCGCCGCGCUCAUCGGCCACCGGAUGCUCGUCUUCGGCGGCACCAACGGCAACAAGAAGGUGAACGACCUUCACGUGCUGGACCUACGCACCAAGGAGUGGAGCAGGCCUCCCUGCAAGGGGACCCCGCCCUCGCCAAGGGAGAGCCACACCGUCACCACGGCGGCCGGCGGCGACAAGCUGGUGGUCUUCGGCGGGAGCGGGGAAGGGGAGGGGAACUACCUCAACGACGUGCACGUGCUGGACCUGCCCACCAUGACGUGGACGUCGCCACGGGUCACCGGCGAGGUCGUCCCCGCGCCCAGGGACAGCCACGGCGCCGUCACGGUCGGCAACAGGCUCUUCGUCUACGGAGGGGACUGCGGAGACCGCUACCUCGGCGAGGUGGACGUGCUCGACAUGGACACCAUGGCAUGGUCAAGGUUUUCAGUAAAAGGAGCCUCACCUGGUGUCCGGGCAGGUCAUGCAGCCCUUGGCAUUGGAUCUAAGAUCUAUGUAAUUGGAGGAGUUGGUGAUAAGCAAUACUACAGUGAUGCAUGGAUUCUUGAUGUGGUUGAUCGGUCUUGGACUCAACUUGAGACGUGCGGGCAGCAACCCCAGGGCCGGUUUUCUCAUUCAGCAGUCAUCAUGAAUACUGAUAUUGCAAUCUAUGGAGGAUGCGGUGAAGAUGAACGGCCCCUGAAUGAGCUACUCGUUCUGCAAUUAGGCUCUGGGCAUCCAAAUGGCCGAUACAACAUCUCCAUGUGCAAGAUUUUGAGCAACCACUGGAGUCAGGAGAAGCGCAAGCUGUUGAGAGCACAACACCACAAGGAUGCAAGCCCAAGCAACCGGGAACUCGGUCAUAAACCUGGAGAAGCAGAAAUUGAGCAAAUUAGAAACCCUUUCCUCCGUGGUCUAGAAAAUGGGCAUGUGAAAAGAAGAAAAACUGGAGAUGCUGGUCCAAAUGAGAUGGAGUUGGAGCAGGAGGAGCACUCACUAUCGCUGUCCCAGCAUUCGUCCCCUUCCCAGUCCGAAAAAGAUCAGGAGCAGAAUGGAGCUCAGAUGAUUUCAGGCGGGUUAAUCUCAUCAGCAAUGCAACCGUUGGUUCGUCUUAACGCCAACGGUUCUCGAAGGACUAGCGGAGGCAUCAAGACUGACCAGUUUGUCCGCGGCAUUGCACCGCAGCAACGACACGAAAUGCAGUUCCUAACAGCUGAAGCUAAGCAGCAGCACAGGCCAUCCGGCCCACCUCUUAUUGGAGCUGAGGUUCAUGGGACGGUUGAUGGAGCUUUCGACUCGGGGUAUCUGGUCACAGCCGUCGUCAGUGGGCAGCUUUUCAGAGGCGUUCUGUUCGCUCCUGGACCCGGAGUAACAGCGCCAAGACCUGUAAUGCAGCAUCAGAUUCUCAAUAGCUCGGCGAUUCCUCCCCAGCACCAGCACGCCUUCCCGGUUCACGCCCGACCGCUGCCGCAGGCCACAGGCUUUGUACGGCCUGACUACAGUCACCAUGCUCGGCGUGGGUUCCCGGCCAGACUUGUCAAGUCCGAGCCGGAGAGGAGCGGCAGUGACCUUCACCAUGUUGUGCUCACGCUCGGAGGCCCAGGAGGGGGCAACUGA